AAUCACAAGAAUAGUAAACCAAAGAAAAGUUAGAAAUAGCUAUUUUUGUUGCAUCUAAUAAUCUCAUCUAAUUAAAGUGGUCAAACCAACCAGCCUCUUUUCUCUCCAUUCAGAUGGAUCAUAUCCACAAAUAACAAAUAACUUUUCCAUUUUUGCUUCACAUUUUCAGGGUCUAUAAUCACUUGUUAACCACUUACAAUAGAAACCUACAUGUUCAUAUAAGUCACUUUUUUGCUCAGACAUACCCAAGACUUUGUUCAGUUCCCUUUUGUCUGAGGUGUGCAUUCUUGUUCAACCUCUCUUUGUUCCUCAGACAUCCCCAAAGGGAAUAAAAAACACAAAAAAAGUACAUUCAAUAAAGGAAGGGAAUAUAAACAAUCAUGUCUUUCACUGGAACUCUUGACAAAUGCAAGGCAUGCGACAAGACUGUCUAUGUGGUUGACUUGUUAACCCUUGAAGGCACUCCUUAUCAUAAGAACUGCUUCAAAUGCAGCCACUGCAAGGGAUGUCUCACGAUGUGCACAUACUCUUCAAUGGAUGGAGUUCUCUACUGCAAGACGCAUUUUGAACAACUCUUCAAGGAAUCUGGCAAUUUCAGCAAGAACUUCACAAAGUCUGCUGACAAACAAACCGACAUACAGAACAGAGCCCCCAGCAAGCUAUCUUCCAUGUUCAGUGGAACUCUGGACAAAUGUGCAGUAUGCUCAAAAACAGUUUAUCCUCUUGAAAAGGUGACACUAGAAGGGGAAUGCUUCCACAAGACUUGUUUCAGGUGUGCUCAUGGAGGGUGCACUCUGACACAUUCAAACUAUGCUGCCCUUGAUGGUGUCCUCUACUGCAGAGUCCACUUCCAACAACUGUUCAUGGAGAAAGGGAACUACAGCCAUGUGCUCCAAGCUGCUGCACACAAGAGAACCGGUUCUUCUACACCUCCUGAGCCUCUAUUUGAGGAGUCAUCACAUCCACCAGCAGCAUCUGAGGAACCUGAAGUAGUGGAAGAUGAAGAAAAAAGUGACGAAAAGAGUGAAGGAAAAAGUGAAGAAAAAAGUGAAGAAAAAAGGGAAGAAAAAGAAGAAGAUGAAGAAGAAAGGUCUUGAAGAAAACUGGAAACAUGACUUGUUUCCAUUCCCCUCCCCUACCUUCUUUCAGUUUGAGCAGGGUCUUUGGUUUCAAGUUCUUUACUCUCAAAACAUUUCCUACAAAUUUUUUUUUGGUUUCUUUGUAAACUAACUUGAGAGCUAUGUAAAUGUAUUUGAAAUUUGAAAUAAAACA